AUGGGAAGUUCUUUGCAAGGCUUUGCAGCAGCUGCAUUAACUUUACCUGGGCAGGGACAUGUUCGAAGUGCUAGUGGUCCACGAGCGCUUGUGGCCACCAAAAUCCCAACAGAAGUGCUGUUAGCAGCCAAUCAUGGCGUGGAAUGGUGGGAAGAAUCUGAAGAAGGUGAUGCACACUGGCGAUGUGUGCGGAAAGCGAUGGAUCAAAGCUUAGGCUCUCCACUCUUCUCUUUGGCCAUUGAUGAGGACACCAAGGCCGUGGCUGUCGGAGGCGGAGCAGGUCGUGCCACAAGCAUCUUUGGGCCUCAAGGUGACUGGCUAACACAGCUGCAAGGGCACACUGGUUGGGUGCGCGAUGUGCUGUUCUAUGACAAACAACUCUUCAGCAUUGGCUGCAACUUCAUCAAGGUUUGGAGGCCCAAGGGGCCGAGCCCUGACGUUGGAUGGGUGGGAGAUGACGUUUCUGAAAGCAUCCAAGCCACCGGAGAUCGACUGAUGCGAAACUGCCCUACCAGCGCUGGGGAAGCUGUUUGCAUGUGGGAGAUCUCGAGGCAGGCCACUUUGCUGCAAGAGCCCAGCCUCCAUGAUGCCCGAGUCACACGUAUCACCACCUGGAAGAAGAGGUUGCUAUCUUGCGGUCACGAUGGUCAAGUUUGUUUGGAUGGACCUGAGCAGCCCCGGAAAGCUAAGCUGGGCACUAGCCGGUUACUCUCCUUGGCCAUUCUGGAUGGAGAUCAUUUUGCCGUGGGCGCGGAGGACGGUACUAUCCACUUGCUGGAUUCGAACCUGCGACUGCUACACAGCACAAGGCCGUUCGGGGCGUGUCCCAUCAACAGUUUGGCAGCCUUGCCUGGUGAUGCUCGACCAAUUUGGCUCAGGCAUUUGCAGAGAUUUCGAGCCGCUUGCGGGUAA